UUGACACACGCAAACGCCCUCUGCGUCACCGAGUCGAAAGCUCCAAACCUCUGUCUAUCCCCACUUGUCUCCACUCGCUUGCCGCUGUCGCCUCCCUCCGUCCGCAGCUGCGUGGGCAGUAGGCUGGAGGGAGCGGAGGGGUGAAAUGGUCGCUUGCCUCCUCGGGUUCGUGACGCAGCCAUUCACCUGAGGUGAGCUCACCUUGCUGCCUUUUCUCCUUCUUUUGGUGUCGACACUCCACUCCUCUCGAUUCACAGCGACUUUUGGCCCCGCUGCCAAGCAGACCCGAACAGAAAAAUGGCCCUGCAAAACCUCACCUGCCAUUACGAUGAGCCCAUGAGCUUUUUCUACAACAACAGCGGCGCGGAUGACAAAUGGGACAAGACCCAGCUCAUUCUGGUCCAAGUGGUGGGCUCGCUGUUUUGCUGCUUCAUCCUGCUCUCCAACGCCAUGGUCAUCGCAGCUGUCAUCACUAACAAGAGGUUCCACUACCCGUUCUACUAUCUGCUCUCCAACCUCGCUGCCUCGGACUUCCUGGCGGGCAUAGCGUACGUGUACCUCAUGUUCAACACGGGUGAGGUCUCGCGGAGACUGACAGUGAAAGGAUACUUUAUUCGCCAAGGUCUUCUGGACAUUAGCCUCUCUGCCUCGCUGGCCAACCUGCUUGUCAUCGCGCUUGAGCGUUACAUCUCCAUCAUGAACUUUAAAGUCCACAGCAACCUUACGAAGAGGAGGGUAACUCUGCUCAUCGUGCUGGUGUGGGGCAUCUCCAUCCUCAUGGGCGCCGUGCCCAGCCUAGGUUGGAACUGCAUCUGCAACCUGAGCGACUGUUCCCAACUCGCCCCCAUUUUCAGCAGGGGCUACCUGAUCUUCUGGUCCGUGUCUAACCUGGUCGUGUUCCUAGUAAUGGUGGGUAUUUACAUGAGGAUCUACACCUACGUCAAGAAGAAGACGUCGUUGCUCACGCCACACACCAGCGGCUCCAUUAACCGCAAGAGGACGCCCAUCAAGCUCAUCAAAACUGUCAUGGUGGUGCUCGGAGCCUUUGUGUUCUGCUGGACUCCCGGCCUGGUGGUUCUGCUGCUGGACGGUCUCAACUGCACCAGCUGCAAUGUCAUGAAACUAAAGCGCUGGCUUCUGCUCCUGGCUGUGAUGAACUCUGUCAUGAACCCGUGCAUUUACUCCUACAAGGACGAGGAAAUGUGGACCACCUUUAAGAACCUCAUGCGAUGCAUAGGCAACGGUACUCGACGGCAGCGCUCAACACGGGCCAACGCCCGGCCGCUAAGCUCCGCCCAGGACACGGGCAACAGCCAGCCUCCGUCCGAGGAGACGAAAAACGGCGAUCAGGAUAUCUUCCAGACCUGAGAGUGGGAUUUGAUCUGAACUUUGAAAAAUGUCUGUUCACUUGACGGUGAAAAUGCUUCAUGAAGAUAAUGCAUAGAUUGGCGUCAACAGUUCUUUAUCUUCAAAGAAAGUGCUGUUUGGAGAGAAGUACCAGCACAGGCCCGCCGCCUCAGUCAAAAGCUGCAGUUGUUUUUUGUGACACUGAGAAGAGCCCUGUUGGUGUACCAAUAUGAAUGCAACACUUGUUUUCACUUGUGUCGGAAUGUCAUCAUUUUGGAAACAAUCUCUCGAGGGAAAAUCCAUUCUUCCUCUUGUCGCUGUUAUUUGUAGCUGAAAAGAAACAGUAAGAACGA